AUCGAAAUGAAAUUGGAUGUGCCGGAUUUGGUUGCUUGCACGAAGGAUGGAACAUAAUUGAGUCACUUUCGGAAAUGGCGGAUCGAUUUUAUCCAAAUGUAAUGCCGGAUUUUGUUGCAGAGAAUCCGGCUGUUGAAGAAGAACAACAUCCAAUUCCACAAGGAACGAAUGAAUCACUGUUGAAGCUUCUCUCUACACCGUACCACACUCUAUCCGAAAAAUUCAAACGCGCCGCUCUCGAUCUCAAAGAAACUAUCGUGGUGGAGACAUGGGGACUAGCAAGGCAACAGGUUCCAGACUUUACGCUCUAUUGUGGAACCCUUGGGACUGCUUUUUUGCUCUUCAAGGCCUAUCAGGUGACGAAGAACACGAACGACCUUGCUGUUUGCUCUCAGAUUGUUAAGGAUUGUGAUUCUGCUUCUCGACACUCAAGGGAUGUGACGUUUCUAUGUGGGAGAGCUGGGGUUUGUGCACUAGGUGCCGUCGUUGCCAAGUACAUGGGUGAUGAUCAAUUGGUUUUUUACUAUGUAUCUCAAUUUAAAGAGAUAAAAUUAACCAAAGAUCUUCCUGAUGAAUUGCUGUAUGGUAGAGCUGGAUACCUUUGGGCCUUUCUAUUCAUAAAUAAGCAUAUUGGCAAAGGAACAAUUCCUUCCACCUACACUGAUGCUGUGAUCAAUGAAAUCAUCAAGAAUGGAAGAAAAUUGGGAGGGAAAGGCAGAAGCCCAUUGAUGCAUGAAUGGUAUGGUGAGAUGUACUGGGGUGCAGCUCAUGGAUUGGCUGGAAUUAUGCAUGUUCUGAUGGACUUUGAACUGAAACCCGAUGAUCUUGAAGAUGUCAAAGGGACUUUAAAGUACAUGGCUAAGAAUCGGUUUCCCAGUGGAAAUUACCCUGCAAGUGAAGAAGAUAGGAAGAGAGAUGUACUCGUGCAUUGGUGCCAUGGAGCUCCUGGUAUUGCGCUAACACUUGUCAAGGCAGCUGAGGUUUUUGGAGAUGAAGAAUUUCUUAAUGCAGCAGUAGCUGCAGCAGAGGUAGUAUGGAACCGCGGCCUUCUUAAACGUGUUGGGAUGUGUCAUGGCAUCAGUGGGAAUGCUUAUGCCUUCCUAUCUCUGUAUCGACUCACAGGAAAUGUGGAGUACUUGUAUAGAGCCAAAGCUUUUGCCUGCUUCCUUCUUGAUAGAGCUCACAAGCUAAUAGCGAAAGGAGAGAUGCAUGGAGGAGAUAGCCCAUACUCCCUUUUUGAAGGUAUUGCGGGUAUGGCUUAUCUUUUCCUAGACAUGACUGAUCCGAAAAACGCUAGGUUUCCUGCCUAUGAGUGAAAACUUCAUCCCCCUGAUAGAAGGGGGUGUUGUAGCACUUCUCUUACGUGUAUAAAGAACUCGUUUAUGUGAUAUGCACCUAAAUCUCUUCUAUUUCA